AAAUAUGAGUUAUUUUCCACUGAUUUUAAGUUGCUUAACAGAAUUUGAAUUUUGAAUUAUGAGACCAAGUUGGCAAUAAACUAAUUUGACUCAAUAGGUGGCAGUGAGCAUGUGAUCGCGUUUCCUGAGUAGGAUGUACUGUCACUUUUUGUUGGCCAAUCAAACACAGUCUUGUGAGUGAACAAUUUAGAAGGAUGAAGAUUGUUCUCAUUCAAGACAAACAUUUCAACAAGAUGACAUCUCCAAAAUGGAUCUUCUACCUGACAUGUUUGUUCUUGGGGAAAAUGGUUCAGACGACCGACAUGGAUUCCUCCUCAUCUGUUCAUCAAGGGAAUAGUUUUCUAUCAGUUCAAACUGGAGAAAACGUAACUUUGAAAUGUUUCAAUGACGCCGGUUCAGCAGCAAGGCGUUACUGGUUUAAACACGCUCUUGGACAGAAACCGAGGCUUAUCUCAACCUCCUACAUGGUACAAGAAUCUACAUUUUAUGCUAAAUUCAAAAAUCCACGCUUCACAGUGGAUACUGAAAAUGAUCAAAAUCACUUGACAAUAACAGAUCUGCAAGUUAAUGACUCAGCUACUUACUACUGUGUGAGCAGUUAUACAUACCAAUUGGAUUUCUUGGCGAUAACUACUGUCAGUGUGCAAGGUUCUGGUAUAAACAUCCUAACUUUAGUUCAUCAGUCACCAUCAGAGACCAUCCAGCCAGGAGGCUCUGUGACUCUGAACUGUACAGUACAAACUGGGACCUGUGAUGGACAACACAGUGUUUACUGGUUCAAAGACUCUGAAGAAUCUCAUCCAGCACUCAUUUACACUGAUGGAGGCAGCACUGAUCAGUGUGAGAGGAAACCCAACACACAAACACACACCUGUGACUACAACCUGCCGAUGGAGAACCUGAAUCCGUCUUAUGCUGGGACCUACUACUGUGCUGUUGCCUCGUGUGGACACAUUCUGUUUGGAAACAGGACCAAGCUGGACUUUAAAUAUGAGGACUCUCGUAUCUUGGUGUAUUUAUUGAUUGGAGCUCUAACAUUUACCACCGUCCUUAAUGUCCUUCUGGUUUUCUUGCUUUGCACGAUGAACAAGAGAAACCGCUGUGACGAUACAGAGUCUCAUGCAAGAUGUUCAGCUCCCUCCACACCAAAUACAGAGGGUGAACGAAACGAAUCAAACAUCCAAUAUGCGGCAGUAAGAGAACACAAGAACAGCAGAUCUAGAAGACAAAGGAACAACCUUGAGACCGAAUGCACAUACUCAACUAUAAAGCAGUAGGAGUGUAUGUGCUUCAAAGGGGUACCAAGCAGACACUGAGGUCAUUUUAUCACUGUGUCUUUCUUGUGACAACAUGUUGAAGCAGCAUGUGACUGUAACUGUAUAACUGAUGUCUGUAUAAAGCCAGGCUGUUUCAUGAAGGAAAGUAAAAAAACUGGAAGGAAGGUAUGACGAAGGUAGAGAGAACAGUUACAGGACUAAAAUCCGACCCUCUUCAGAACGAUGAGUCUAUGCCUUUAGCUUUAAGUUACACCAAGUUGUUAGGUUAAUUAAAUGGAUCACUAUUUGAAGGUCAGAUCAGCAGAUGUUUUUGAGUGUAAAACAUGUCAUCAUUGUGGUGUAAUAAUACUUUUAGAUACAAUGUUAUAUGUGAAUAUAAAGUUGUUUCAAGUGUGAUGGAAUAACUUAAUUGUAUAUUGUUCAGUAGUAAUAAAUG